AUGCAUACUAUAGCCUUCUUAAUUAUCCCGGCUCUCGCUUUCCUCUUCAGCCGAAUAAGAGGUAGGCGUCCAACAUAUCCACAUAUUCCAAAACUCUCCAAAGGAGUGUGGUCAAAAUGGACUGGUUGGGAGCCCUUGGCUCUAUUCAGGCUUCAAGAAUAUGAGAGUGAAGGCUACAGAAAGUACAGCAAAACAGGCCAACCUUUCGUAGUAAAGCUGUUCGGUAUCGAUGCAAUAAUUAUGCCACCGAAAUACUUGCCCUUACUUUCCAAAUUUGAUCGCCAUACGCUCAGUUUUGCACAGCAUCUCAACGAUAAUAUGUCAAUGGAGGCGACUGUUGGCGACAUUGCAAUUGCAAAUGACAUGGAAAUCGAUCUCAUCUCGAAACACAUCAACCCUAAUAUCUGUAUAUUUGAAAGUAUCCCAAAAGACAAAGCGGACACUUACUCUUAUUUUGCAGCUGCAAUCACCGAACUUCUUGCUGCGGAAGCAGACUUUAAAUUUCAAGAAUUGCUGGGAGAUUUUAACGGUUCGUGA